AUGGCGCCAAAGGCUAAGAAGGAAGCCCCUGCCCCUCCCAAAGUUGAAGCCAAAGCAAAGGCUUUGAAGGCCAAGAAAGCGGUGCUGAAAGGCGUCCACAGUCACAAAAAAAAGAAAAUCCGCACGUCACCUACGUUCCAACGACCCAAGACACUGCGUCUGCGGAGGCAGCCCAAAUUUCCUCGAAAGAGCGCCCCCAGGAGAAACAAGCUUGAUCACUAUGCCAUCAUCAAGUUCCCCCUGACCACUGAGUCAGCCAUGAAAAAAAUAGAAGACAACAACACACUUGUGUUCAUUGUGGAUGUCAAGGCCAAUAAGCACCAGAUCAAACAGGCUGUGAAGAAGCUCUACGACAUUGACAUGGCCAAGGUCAACACCUUGAUUAGGCCUGAUGGAGAGAAGGCGGCAUAUGUUUGA